AGGUUUCAAUUCCCUGAGUCCCAUGACGGAAUCGACUAGAGAAGAUGUCUCUGCCACUACUUCGUCGGCCUCGGAUGAGAGCAAGCCCGAGCGCGCUUGGCAGCCGCCUUCGUCCUCGUUCGACCCCUGGCGCGGUACUCGGAUCUCCCGUCGCCGGCAUGGACAGUCCAUGCGGCAUCUCCCAGCGCCGCCGAAGAACAGAGCGGGUGCGGACCUACCUGCUUACUCUGUUAAAGAGAAGUUGAUCGAGGCUUUGAAUGCUCGUAAUGUCGUCCUGGUCACCGGAGCUACCGGCAGUGGUAAGACGACUCAGAUCCCUCAGAUGAUUCUGGACGAAGCCAGAUCCAAGGGUCAAGUUGUGAAUAUCGCUGUGACGCAGCCUAGGCAGGUUGCGGCUAUCAGUGUUGCUCAGAGAGUCCGUACCGAGCGCAAGUGGGAUAGCACUGGACCUGUUGGUUACAGUGUAAGGAACAACACGAGCCUACCGAGUAGUGUGGACAGCGGUUCGAUAUUGUACUGUACUGAGGGCACUCUGUUGGCGCGAAUGUCCGAGAACCCACUGCUCUCUGGCGUGUCCCAUCUCAUUCUCGAUGAGGUUCAUGAACGGACAAAGGAGAUGGACGUUUUAUUGACAUUGGUGAAGACAUCGCUGCUGAAGGAUACAGGCAUAAAAGUUAUUCUGAUGUCUGCCACUGCCAAUGUUCGCCAGUUUAUGAGCUAUUUUGGUCACAAACUCAUUCAGAAAGAGGUCAAUUUGGUGGCGAUUCCGGACACCAAUUACGAGGUCAAAGACUACUAUCUCGAGGACGUUUUUCAGAUCCUUGACUGGGCACCAGAUGACAAGGAUGCUGAUGAUUUUGUUGAUAUCGGCGACAGUAUGAGGUCGGAGAGAAUGCCUUGCGAAGAGAAAAUACCGGAGGCAAAGCUGGAUCGUAAUGCCGAAGAUUUUUGGUCGAAGGCUGCUGCGGAGGAGUUCGAUCUCACCGUACUGCCCACGCAGGUGAUUGAGCAACUCUUGCUCUACAUAGAGGCUCAAGAGAGUUACAAUCCGAGCGAGGGUGGCGCUGUGUUGAUCUUCCUUCCCGGUUUGGGAAGCAUCAAUAAGCUUAUCCACUAUGUGACUGAAGUGUCGUCAGAGCAGGCUCUCUUCAAGAGACGGUUCAACUUCAUCCCUUUGCACUCCAAGACCGCUGAGCAGUACACCAACGAUGUCUUCAAGGUCAAUACCGAUCGACGUAAGAUCAAAUGUGUCAUCGGCACCAACAUCGCGGAGACUUCUCUCACGGUCCCGGAUCUCACCUACGUCAUAGACUGCUGCAAGCAGAAGGUCAAGACCACUCCGACUCGUUUGGAAGUGUGUUGGACUGGGCGCUCUAACUGCAUUCAACGGCGUGGCCGUGCGGGGAGAACCCAUGAGGGUAUCUGCUUUCACCUCAUCCCGAAGAUCCGGUUCAAAUUCGGUUUGGCUAUGAACCCAGAUCCUGAGAUGACCCGCAUGCCGAUGAUUGACAUUGCUCUCAAUCUGCUCACUUUGGGUCGAGGUGAUGCUCUCAAGUGGUUGCCAGGCUUUUGCAAGGCCAUGCCUGAUCCGCCCAAGCAGGAAGCCGUCCGUCUGGCUGUCUCGCAGCUACUCGCGGUGGGUGCUGUCGAUAAGAAGUCUGGUCUAUUGACGGAGCUCGGUCGAACCUUGUCACGGUUCCCUGUUGGCGUCUACACUGCCCUAGGUCUGAUUGCCAGCUCCAUACUGUUCGACUCUGCUGAAGGCAUCUACAUCAGCGUCUCUUUAUGUGCUCUUCUGGAGAUGGAAGACAUUGAGGCGAACACUCAGCGGCCUGGGGACAUCGACAACCCAAAGAAAGUCGAUCCCGCGUCACUUCAUCGUAUGGGAUGCCGAGAACUGUGGCCCGCUGAAGGCCAAAUCACCACACCGUUGCCUGAUCAGCUUGAUCUAUUGCGGUUCUAUCUCGAGUGGGAGCAGGUAUGGUUCGAUCGGGGGGUUAGGAGCGCGAAGGAGUACUGCAAGCGACGAGAUCUCAAGCACUCUAGCUUCGAGAGGGUGUGGCAGGAUCGUAACGCAAUGCUCGAUAUUCUUUGCGAUCGAGGUUUAGCAGCGACUGAGCCGGCUGCCGACUUCGUACCGGGCGGCCGAUCUCCUUUCUCGGCGAUUGGUGAGCAUAUGUACACGCUUGAAUGUGUGUUGGCGGUCUUAUGUGGGCCCAACUAUGGUCAAGUGAGUAUGAAGCGGAAAGUGGCUAUCGAUGUCGACCACAAGACGCUCAAUUGCGGAAGCUGGUCCUCGAUCGGUACGGCAAAUGCUCGAGUUGUGCCGGGGCAAAUGGUUCUGUAUACGCAUCGACUCGAUGUUUGGCCUCCGAAUCAGCCGGCUCCUAGGUGCAUCGCUAAGCUCAUCUGCCCGAUCAACACUGUCACUUUCAUCCUCGGUACUUCUGUUGAACUCACGUACAAACGCCGAGAAGGAAGUAUGAUAUUUGUUGACAUCUUCGUCGACAGUCGCAAGGCAUUUGGUGGUAAUCUCCGCACUCAGGAGCUCCUAAGACUACGUAAACAUUUCCAGCAAGCCAUGGGCGGACUCGCCAAGGACUUGGCUGAUGGUGGUGACGUAUUGGAUCCUACCAAGGAGCUCAUCCGCAGGACUCGGUCGAGGAUGACUCGAGCCAUCAAGGGCGAGCAGCUGCUGGAUUAUGAGGCUGAGCUGGAGAUUGUUGGCUUCCCCAAGGAUGCAGCUUCGCAUGCUGGGCUUAUAUACGGCAACCACAAUGCUCCUCUCCGUGGUCCGAACAACAAUCGACAGAAGCCGAAGAAUGAUGAUGGUCAUCAGAGGAAGUCAGCGCUGCCGCCAGGGCACACGGCCAAGAAUAACCAUCGAGGCGGGAAUGCGAAGCAUAGGCCUCGGGGAUGAUUCCUUGUACCGCCUACUGUACUAUCAUACCACUGUUAUAUCUGGUAGC